CCCCGUCGGCCGCACGGCUCCUCGCCUCCCUUUCCAGUCAGGCAUUAGAAAGUGAGUUUGUUUCCUGCCAGCUUCACCAGUGGAUUGACCUGAUUUUUGGCUACAAACAGCAAGGGCCAGAGGCUGUUAGGUCACUGAAUGUAUUCUACUAUUUAACUUACGAAGGAGCUGUUAAUUUAAGUUCAAUAACGGAUUCCGUAUUGAGAGAGGCUGUUGAAGCUCAAAUACGAAGUUUUGGACAGACCCCUUCCCAACUGCUCAUAGAACCACAUCCUCCAAGAAGCUCUGCCAUGCAGGUGUAUCUCCUCCUGCAGAGCCCGUUGAUGUUCACAGAACAAGCUCAACAGGACGUUAUCAUGGUCCUAAAGUUCCCGUCCAACUCCCCUGUCACUCACGUGGCAGCCAACACCCAGCCUGGCCUGGCCACUCCUGCUGUGAUCACAGUUACUGCAAACAGGCUCUUUGCUGUAAACAAGUGGCAUAAUCUCCCUGCUCAUCAAGGUGCUGUACAAGACCAGGCUUACCAGCUGCCAGUGGAAAUCGAUCCUCUCAUAGCCAGCAAUACAGGUAUGCACAGAAGGCAAAUCACUGACCUUUUAGACCAAAGCAUUCAGGUACAUUCCCAGUGUUUUGUCAUCACCUCUGAUAAUCGUUACAUCUUGGUCUGUGGCUUCUGGGACAAGAGUUUCAGAGUUUAUUCUACUGACUCAGGUAAACUGAUACAAGUAGUAUUUGGACACUGGGAUGUGGUAACCUGUCUUGCUCGUUCCGAGUCCUAUAUUGGAGGGAAUUGUUACAUCCUCUCGGGGUCACGUGAUGCAACGUUGCUGCUCUGGUACUGGAAUGGCAAGACCAACAUCAUUGGUGAUAAUCCAAGAGGUGAUUUUGCAACUCCUCGAGCUGUUUUGACAGGACAUGACUAUGAGAUCACCUGUGCUGCCAUUUGUGCUGAGCUUGGCCUGGUAAUAAGUGGUUCAAAAGAAGGACCAUGUCUCAUACAUUCUAUGAAUGGAGAUCUACUGAGGACAUUAGAAGGUCCUGAAAGAUUACAAGGUCCUGAAAACUGCCUGAGACCAAAACUUAUUCAAGCUUCAAGAGAAGGCCACUGUGUCAUAUAUUAUGAAAACGGCCUCUUCUGUGUGUUCAGUGUGAACGGGAGACUGCAAGCCACCAUGGAAACAGACGACAAGAUAAGGGCAAUUCAGCUGAGUCGAGAUGGACAGUAUCUGCUUACAGGUGGAGACAAUGGAGUUGUCAUGGUGUGGCAGAUGUGGGACCUCAAGCAGCUUUUUGCUUACCCGGGGUGUGAUGCUGGAAUCCGAUCCAUGGCCCUGUCAUAUGACCAAAGGUGCAUAAUGACUGGCAUGGCCUCCGGGAGCAUCGUGGUUUUCUACAAUGACUUCAAUCGUUGGCACCACGAGUAUCAAACCAGAUACUGAUCCUCACAGCGACCGACAUGAGCACUGACAUGGGCAGCUGUGCCAGAAGGGAACUGAACACAGCAUGCCUCUCUCGGCCUCGAGCCACACGGUUCCUUAUAAAUAGUUAUAUUACAUCUGAAUGUAACUUAAAUUUGCUGGAAGAAGCAACCUAUUUUUUAAAGUUAAUUGCUAUUUUUGUAGACCUCGCUUGACUUUUUUGGGGGAAGGGCAAAGAAGCAGAAAAACAGCUGCUGGGUUCUGUAGUUAAAAAUCUAUAUUUUUAGUCACAAUGAGAAGUCUAUUUUGAUCCCUGUAUGUAAACAAAACCUAAAGAUGGUUAAAACUCACAUUCUAGUUAUAUUAUGAAGAAACAGAUUUUCCAUCUGAAGCUUUAUCUAUAACUUUGAGGAAUAUAUGAUUUUAACAUAAUGGAAAUUAAUUAUGAUAUUUGGGGAAUUUUAAUCUGUUCUACCUGUACCACACUUUGUCUCGUACUUUUCCAAAUGAUUGUACUACAUCAGCACUGAAGUUUCUAGGAAUCGAGGGGUAAUAUUUAAAUUAUGGUUAAUGUAAUUUUAAACUUUGCAAAUCAUUUCCAUAAAUGUUACAAUUCAAGCAUGUUUCUAGGCCUAGGCAAUUAGUUCUUUUUUUAGUUGUAUGUUUUGUGCAUUUAAGAGAGAGAAAUCGGGAAUGGAGUUUGUGUGUGAAUCCCUUUAGUUGCUAUCUGGCAUCUCUUUCAAAGCACACCAAAAUGUGGAUUGUUCCUCAAAAUCAGAAAGGCUGUUUUGAAGACUUUAAAGUAGAAACUGAAAGAGGGAGGUAUUUUUUAGUAGGUGAGGUGCAAAUUCCAAAGCACACCUCUGCUGGUGGACCGUAAACACGCCGAGGCAGUGGCUGCUUGCUGGAGCACGGCCCCCAUACAGCAGCAGAAGUACCAGACUUGCAGGCGACUUUCUUUCUUUUUUCCCCCCUCAGAAUUCGCCCCUGGAAUACUGUAGCACAUGCCAUGUUCCUUUUCUGC